CGUCGCAGUCAGUCGCAGUGGUAACACGAGCGAGAGGGUAGUUGCACGCGCCUGCCUUCGAAAGGAAAGAUCGCGGUGAAGAGAGGCGAGAACGAGAGUGUUGAGAAGAGAGCCGAGGGAGCGAGGCGGAGAGGAUUUACUUGGAGAAAGAGAAAGAAGGGAGAGCGGAAACGGAGAAGCGGACGAGGAACGCGCGCGCGCCCCUUGCAUCCGUUUUUACAGUGUUUCGGUCUCGCGCGACGGAUCGACCUCUCGGACUCGGCCGCGAGUCAGUCAGUCGGCCGGUGACAAGGCAGCCGAGCAACGCGCGACACGAAUCGUCGUUACGUCCGGUAGUCGGGGAGAGAGAGAGAGAAACAGAUCGCGACGGUGAAGAGGAGGAAGUGGAGGUGGAGAAACGAACGAACGAAAGAAUCGGUCGACGAACGAAGAACCAAGCGACUGUACGAGUAAAACGUGGGAGAGCUCUGGUGCGGCUGUACGGAAACCGCUCUUCGAACACGAACCGCACAAACCACACACGCGUUCGGCGGCGGGAAGACAGAGCAGUGGGGGAUAUCGGGAAGGCCAUUUUCGUUUGCCGGUGCGCGCGGUACGGUACGCACGACAUAAAGACACGGCCGGCGCGAAGAGGAACGUGCGACUGACUCCACUAUCGCACUCCGCGUCCGACGUUCGCGGCCCACGUUCACCGCUCCACGAGAGGGGACUGGGACUGAGAUACGCUUUUGCGAGCGGAAGAGGUAACGAUUCAUUCGAAAACCGAGCCGACGACGUCAUCAUCAUUACCUACGCGCGGUGCGUCGAAUCUCCGCGAGUUUUUUUACGCGUUCGUAUAAAGUCGUAGCGUCGCGACGCCAAGUCAUACCACGCUCGACCGUGAACCGGUGGAAAGUUUGUCACCGUCAUCAUCGUCAAGGAACCAUUUCGCCCGUUUGUUCGAUAAAAGGCGAGACGACGUGAAUACACACAGUGAACAACAUAGCGCGGACUAUAAGUGCAGUUUUCAACGAGCAUCAUCAUCAUCAUCAUCAUCCCCAUCAUCAGCACCAUCGUCGUCUAACGUCUUGUCCGGUGUCGCACGAUACGAGAAUUUGUAGUCGACCGAAAUGCCAACGAGUUUGUUCAGCGAGAUGGACCGCGGUACGAGCAGCGGCGGUGCCGUCAUCUUCGAGGAUCAUCGCACCCUUCAGCUCGCCUUCGAGCUGUCGAUGAUCGGCAUCCCGACGGAGGGCUCGACCGACGGCAACGGCAACGGCACCGCCAACGAUCGGGAUCCGCUGCAGACCGCGCCGACCGUCUUCGAGGAGGCGCGUUCCAAGAAGAGCCAGAACAUGACCGAGUGCGUGCCGGUGCCCAGCAGCGAACACGUGGCGGAGAUCGUCGGUCGACAGGGCUGCAAGAUCAAAGCCCUCCGUGCAAAGACGAACACCUAUAUCAAGACACCAGUGCGCGGUGAAGAACCCGUCUUCGUCGUCACCGGUCGCAAGGAGGACGUGGCCCGUGCGAAGCGUGAGAUUCUUUCCGCCGCGGAACACUUCUCGCAGAUUCGCGCGUCGCGCAAGAGCUCGUUGGGCGCUCUCCUGGGCGCGCCGCCCGGGCCACCCGCGUCGGUGCCCGGUCACAUAACGAUUCAGGUACGAGUGCCCUACAGAGUAGUGGGUCUGGUUGUGGGCCCUAAGGGGGCGACGAUCAAGCGAAUUCAGCAUCAGACGCAUACCUACAUCGUGACGCCAAGCCGCGACAAGGAGCCCGUAUUCGAGGUGACGGGACUACCGGAGAGCGUCGAAGCGGCUAGGCGCGAGAUACAGGCCCACAUCACCCUGCGUACCGGCACUGCACCCGGCGUCGAUGAAACCGCCGAGCUGCUGGGCGCACUCUGCCGCGGCGGUCUUGGCUCGGUUCUCGGUAUUCAAGGUAUCGAUCAACCGGGAUCUAACAGCUCCAGCAGCUCUAAUGGAGCUUUCUCGAGCAGUGGCAGCUGCAGCAGCUCGUCCAGCAGCACCGGUGGCAUGGGGAUGAACGACCUCGUCGCCAACAUUUGGAACGGCGCGCUGGAGAGGGACGAGGGAAUCGGCGAGUCGCCGUCGUUCGAGUCACAGCCGACCUCGACAUCGUCAAUCUGGUCGUUCCCGAGCGUCGCGCUACCCUCGAGGCCGUCGCCACCGGCGACGGCGAGCCCCGCGUCGCCCACGGACUCGCUUCUGGGCGGCAUACGGCGGGAUUGCGUCGUAUGCGGCGACAAGGAAGUCAACGCGGCGUUGGUACCCUGCGGACACAAUCUCUUCUGCAUGGAUUGCGGCAAUCGGGUCUGCGAGACCAAGGAUCCAAGCUGCCCGGUAUGCUCCAGACGCGUCCUGCAGGUGCUCCGUAUCUUCUCCUAAAGAGGGGCUCCGCCGAGUCGCCGCCCGUCAGUCUCCCGUGUCGCGACACCCAGCGCAGCGGUUGCACCAGCAAUUUUACCUUCUACCGCUCUGCACGAGCACGGCCGGCUAAUAACUGUUCCAGCAAGCAUGACGACAACAGUUGGAGAACAACGUUUGGCGCUCGCGACAACGACGAUGCUUGCGCGAUAAUCCUCCUGGCAGUCCUCAAAGUUGGCCUUUUUUCUUCGCUGUCAUCGCUGUCGUCGUUGUUGCCAUCGUCGUCGUCAUCAGCAUCAUCAUCCUACCAGGCCGGUGUGACGCCGUCGUCGUCAUCGUCGUCGUCGUCAGGGGACCGAACGCGCACAAAGUCUCAAUUCCACGGCUGCCAAUAAUCUCUUUUAAACGCGACGGGGAUUCGCCUCGACGUUAUCGACCCGUUCGUGGCCGAUCGUCGAGUCCGUCGAGUUCCCGCUGACCGGAUACAACGAAGCCAGCUUUUAAGUUCUACGAGAUAUAUAUUUAAAGAGACAGAGAUAGGGAUGUGGAAACACAAAACUCACCCAUCGCCAUCGUUUCCCUUUACCCUAUACUCCAUCCCUCCCCACCCCGCGUCCCCUUCCUCAUCCCUUGACGCUUGCAUAGAUUGGGCUCGCGGCUCGUCGAGUACUCUAAUAAGUCUGGAGGUAUGAGAGAGAGACGGUACGUGGGCACCAAACGAGUAACUCCCACCCGUACCGUCCGGACUAACAUGCGAGUAAAAAAAAAGCCUCUCUAUUGCCCGCAAAAAAUCGACGUUGCAAUACUUUGCGACUGAUAUUACUAGUAGCGAGACUGAUGAUUACCGAGACGCUACUCUCUUUUCUUUCCACCGGAGGCUACGGGUCCGAAGUGAAUCGAUCAAGUUGCGGACCAAUAAGCCUCAUCGCCGAACUUUUUGACUACACUCAAUACACCGCCGGUGUUUUUGCUACUUUUUAAAACUCUCUGCUCGUUCCUGAGAUCUUUCUUUGGGUCGAACGUUUUGCUGGGAACGGAGGCGGCUUGUUUUAGCAUGAAUGGAUCUUAGAGCUUUGUCGAUUUUCCUUUCGUAUAUAUAUAUAUUUUUUUAAUAAUAUGACUGAAUGAUAAAUCACGUUCAAAUCAUGUCCAAAGAGAUAACUUUCGAUAUUUUGACUGCUUCUAAGCUUCAUACGUCAUAUUCGAUCAAAGCAUGCUUACAUUCGUAUCUUCGACUGUCAAUCGUUUUAAUCGGUGAUGAACCAAGGAGAAGAUACGUAUCUAACGUUUUUUAUUUGUCUAACCUGCGAUGCUUGAUUUUUGUGCCAAAAGGGCUAGACAAAAGAAAAGAUUUUCUCGAUAAUUUCGCAACGAUAAUUGCGCACUGGACAACCUUGCGAUUCUCGCAAAAGCCUCACGUAUUUUUCUUAUUUUUUUUUUUUAGAAAAGAAAAAAACAAGCGUACAAUUGUAGUUUUGAUCUCAGCGUUCGCUCGUAGAACGCGCGUAGAAAGUGUUAAGUUCAUCGAUCCAGAAAGGGGUUUUCCGUUGCCGAGUGUACAAUUACGAACUCGACGAACCUGCGAGCUGCGGUCGCUAGUGCGACAGCGAAGAUUACCGAGAAUUAUCUACACGAGUACAUGAGUCGCAGACACAGAAAUACACGUACACAACAUACACACGUACACAUACGCAUAUACAUGCCACAUACACACUGGACACACUGAUAGAUGAUCUCGCACAGACAUCCUACACGUGAAAAAGAGAGGGAAAAGAAGAGAGGGUCACGGGCCCCUCGAUUCGCCACGAAAUCACGUAGUGAAUAUAUAGCGGACGGCGCGUUCGUUCCACCCGGCUUCCCUCGCCAUUAGAGUAUUAUCUUAAAAUGAUAUCUCUUUAUAUAAGCGAAAUAGUAAUGAAAAAAAA